AUGGGGUGCGCGCACGGCAAGUGCUGCCUGCCGCGGGGCGACGGCGGGGGGCGGCGGGAAGGCGGCGGCGUGCCGGGCGGCCUCGGCGGCUCCACCCUCGGCCGCGCCGCGGUGCCGGGGGCCGGCCUGGCGCUGGAGUACGCCACGCUGACGGUCGACGGCCUCUACCCGGACUCCCCGGGCCGGGAGACGCAGGACGCGUACCUGGUGGCCACGCGCUUCGCGGGCGACCCCGAUCUCCACCUCUUCGCCGUCUUCGACGGCCACGGCGCCUGCGGGGCCGCCUGCUCCGGGUUCGCGCGCGACGCGCUCCCGCGCCUCCUCCUCCUCGCGGCCGAGGACGACGGCGCCGGCGCCGGCGGGAGCCUCCUCGCGACGGACCCCGCGGGCGCGUUCCGGGCGGCGAUGAUUGGGGUCAACGAGGAGAUGCACGCGGCGCCGGCCGUCGACGACUCCAUGAGCGGGACCACGGCCGUGGCCGCGCUCGUGGCCGGCGGCGCGCUCCACGUGGCCAACGUCGGGGACUCGCGCGCCGUCGCCGGGGUCUGGCGCGACGGCCGCGUCGCCGCCGAGGAGCUGUCGUGGGACCAGACGCCGUUCCGCGCCGACGAGCGCGCGCGCGUCAAGGCCUGCGGCGCGCGGGUCAUGUCGGUCGAGCAGGUGGAGGGCGUGCGCGACCCGGACGCCGAGGGCUGGCUCGCCGACGAGGGGGACCCGCCUCGCGUCUGGGCCCGCGACGGCCUCUACCCGGGCACGGCCUUCACGCGCAGCCUCGGCGACCUCGCCGCCGAGGGCGUCGGGGUCAUCGCCGACCCUGAGGUGAAGACCGUGGAGAUCACCCCGGCCCACCUCUUCUUCGUCGUCGCAAGCGAUGGCGUCUUCGAGUUCCUCUCCAGCCAGGAAGUCGUCGACAUGGUGGCUAUGCAUCAAGACCCUCGAGAUGCUUGCGCAGCAAUCGCUGCAGAGUCAUACAAACUAUGGCUAGAGCACGAAAACAGGACAGAUGAUAUAACAAUAAUCAUCGUGCAUAUCCGGGAUGCUCAAAAUUCAGGUCCUGCAGGGAGUGACAAAGAGAACUCCAGCAGCACCGGGGCGCCGAUAGCAUUGCACACGGUACAGCCAGAGCUGCCUGUAUUUGUACCGUCGGAGCUACCUGUAUUUGUACCGUCAGAAGCAAGUCACCUGAACGCAGUGGCUACUGCUGAACUGCGGCGGCCAUCCUCCUCUGGCUCUCCAUCGGAACGACGCCUCUCAUGCGUUGCUCCUUCGCCUACACACCCUUUACUGGAAGGAGGUAAAGCAUCGGAAGCUUCCAGGUCGACCCAGAUCGACAUUCCUUUAUCCGAACCAGUGGAAGCUUGGCAUCCUAGUCAAGGUGGUAACAAGCUAGAGCGGGCAGUCUCCUGCUGA